UUGAUCGAAAAUUAGAUCUAAGGUCCUAAAAGUUUGAGCGCCCAUGCUUUACACCAAACUGCUGCCACACCCACUAUCUAAAUUGUGCAUCUGUUCCUGGAAACUGCCUUUUGGUUUCGAGUCAGCAAAGCAUCGCUUCAGAUGAGCCCCGCAGGUGUCCUAUGAUGAGUCAAACCAUGAGCGCAGUUCUUCUCUUCGUGAAGGUACUUACUGUGUAUUGCCUCAGCCCCAGUAAGGCAAAAGUCGAAGCGGACUGUGACAAAAAUGUUGACAUGAGCUGUCUGUGUCGUGACAGCACGCAUUUUCAGUUGCUCUCUUGGUACAAGAUGGAUGGACAGAAGAGGCAUUUCCUCAUCAGCACCGGUGAUGGCUCUGUGGAGAAGGGGAACUUUUCUCAGCAGAUCACCUUUGGCGAGGGCGACAGCCUGCAUCUGCCCGUCGUGACGCCCAGUGACUCUGGUACCUACAAAUGUGCCAUCACUGCAAAUGUAGGCGGUCAAAAUAAAGACUGCGUGGUCGACCUCGUGGUUCGUGCAUGUGUGACCAACACCCCAACAAUUACAAUGACAAAUGUAAUGCUCAUCACAAUUCCAAGUGCUGUUAACGCCAGUCAGGAACUGCCGCUGCCAGUCGUGUGGAGCAGUCUGAGCUGCUUGGCAGUGGGCUUGGCCAAAGUGCUCAUCUCAUGCAUUGGCGUUCGGGUAAAUAGAGCUACAUUGGGAAAUGGCAACCAAAAUGAUGCAUCGCAAUGACCCUGGCAAACGUUACCAGCGUCUUGUCAACAAACCUAGAAAACAGUUUCGCAGACUCAUCGUUAUCCUAAUCAUUGAAAAUGAGUAAGUAGGAAACAAAUUAUUGCGACACUCGGGGAGUCUGCUAACCGGUUUUCCGGGUUUGGUCACACGACGUCGGCAACGUUGAGUGUCUACCUCCGCUGCGGAUGAGUUGGACAGCCUCGCACUGCCCAUGAAGUGUGCUCUCGACUACAAAACAUGACACUUUUUACUGCAGUGCGAGCAGAAGAUGGCCGGAUUUUCCUUGUAAUUUGCCGGAUGUUGCUGCGUCACGGUCGUCCUUGCCCGGAUGGAUAGAUGGCGCCGUUUCAUAAAACGAAAGCACCAAGCAUGAGUUGAUCUUGAAUUCUCUCACGACUGUUCAAUUCCCACGGUUCCUGCGUGUGACUGAUAGCUUGCACUGUGUUUCGUAAGUGUGUCUCUUCGUGGGUGCCAUUUUCAGAUGUUGUUUUGCACAAUGCAUGUACUAUAUGCCACAUACCUGUACACCUACUGGGGACGUGCCUUUAGCAUCCUUUUUCAUGCCCACCCGUCUUACUUUAACGUCCGCAUGCUGUCCUCAGUUAUGUCCGCCUUUCCUCUAUAUGAGCAGUGUGUCGGCACAACAUCAAUCAGUCAAGAGGACCCUCAUCGAAGUCACACAACAGCACUCCCAGAUUUUCGAAUUAGGUGCAUAUACACGGCAACCCGCUUUAUUAGGCGGCCCGUCCAUUUUGGAGAAAAUUUAAGACUUUUGAGUGCGCCUUUUGGUGGUGAAAAUACAGUACUGUAUUCUGCUCGAAGCCACAAGGCCUGCGUUCUUCCGUCCGUUCAAGUGUCAUUUGAGUCAGUUCUGGUGGUCUCCACAGGAUGAGAGCCACCGUUUCCUAUUGUGGCAGCGUUUCGUCUACAUGACAACAUUUGCUUUGCCACUGAAAUAAGCGGGAGGGAUUCAACGAACUUCUUGUUCUCCUAAUUUUCUCUUUUGUCACUCAUU